UUUAAGGCAGGCAUGUGAUAAAGAAGGCUACCAUCAACGUAAGAUUGAUGGAACUAAAUCAAAAAAAAAAAAAAGAAAAAGAUUGAUGGAUAAAACUCGCCGAAUCCUCAUAGCCUAGGCAUGUCGACAAACUCUGUCCUGCCAUCCAGCAGUUUAUAUCCCUACCAUUAACACUUUUCUUGUAGUUGCAUCAUAUUUCUCCCUUCAAAGAACCCUGCAUAUAUGCUCCGAAGAUCCGGAAUUCAGAACCUUCCGGCAAAAUCAUCAUGUUUUCUUACACAUUGUUCAUUUUCAUUAUUUUCACUAUUUUCACUAUUUUCUUGAUCAGGAAGUGGUGCUCUCCUCCAAAACCCUCCAGGAACCUCCCACCAUCGCCACCAAAGCUUCCAAUAAUUGGAAACCUCCAUCAACUUGGCCUGAACCCACAUAGAAUUCUUCAAUCUUUGGCCACAAAAUAUGGGCCCUUGAUGCUUCUUCACUUGGGCAGUGUGCCACUUCUUGUUGUUUCAUCUGCUGAUGCAGCCAGAGAAAUACUGAAAACCCAUGACCCAAUUUUCUCAAACAGGCCAAGAUCAAGUGUCGCAAGUGGGAUUUACGACUGUAAAGACAUAGCCUUUUCUCCCUAUGGUGAGUACUGGAGGCAGGUAAAGAGUAUUUGUGUUUAUCAGCUCUUGAGUAAUAAAAAAGUUCAGUCUUUUAGAAAUGUUAGGGAGGAAGAAGUCUCACUUAUGGUGGAGAAGAUUAGGACAUCAUGUUUGGAGGGAUCAGUGAUUAAUUUGGGUGAGACAUUUGCAUCUCUUACAAAUGAUAUAAUUUGUAGAGUGGCUUUGGGGAGGAAGUACAGUGACGGGGAAGGUGGGAGGAAAUUUAAGAAGGUUUUGGAGACAUUAGGGGUAUUAUUGGGUGCUUUUAAUGUCGGUGAGUUCAUUCCUUGGCUUGUGUGGAUUAAACAUGUAAAUGGGAUGAGAGGUAAAGUCAAGAAAAUCGCCAAAGAUCUUGAUGAGUUUUUGGAGUUUGUGGUGAAAGAGCACAUGGAUGAAAGGAGGAGGAAUGGGAAUGAUGGUGGUGGCGAAGGGGAAGGCGAAAAUCGGAAGGAUUUUGUGGAUGUUUUGCUUGAAAUUCAAAGGAAUGAGGAGGGUGGCUUUGCUCUUGAUGCAAUCUCUAUUAAAGCUCUCAUCUUGGACAUGUUUGCUGCUGGAACGGAUACAACAUUUACUCUUAUAGAGUGGACAUUGUCCGAGCUCAUAAGAAACAAGAAUGUCACCAUGAAACUGAAGAAUGAACUGAAGAACGUUGCUGGAUCCAGUUCAACUAUAACUGAAGAGGAUUUGGAUAAAUGUCCAUACUUGAAAGCCGUGGUGAAAGAGACCUUACGGCUCCAUCCUCCACUCCCACUACUCGUUCCUCGAGAAUCAACCCAAGAUGUCAAGCUAUUUAAUUACGACAUUGCAGCAGGCACACGUGUUGUCAUCAAUGUGUGGGCUAUAGGACGAGAUGCAAAAUUGUGGGAAGAUGCUAGGAAAUUUUGUCCUGAAAGGUUCUUGAAUAGUUGGGUAGAUUUCAAAGGGCAAUUUGAGUUGAUCCCAUUUGGGGCCGGUCGAAGAGGCUGUCCUGGUGCUGCAUUCGCCUUGGGAAUUGUAGAACUUGCGCUGGCGAAUCUGGUCCUAAACUUUGAGUUUUCAUUACCUGGUGGAAGGAGAGGUGAAGAAUUGGAUAUGUUUGAAGGUGAGGGAAUUACUAUUCACCGGAAAUUCCCUCUAGCGGUUAUUGCUAGUUGUGAGACGGCCUCAUAUACGUAGGUAAUUGAUGAGAUGAGAUGUAUGAGUGGUGGUUGUAAUUUUUGUGUGAUGAAAUGGUUAUUAGUUGUUAAUUGGUGUGGACUAUGGUGUGUAGUAGGUUAGUAGUGCAGUGUGGCAAUGUAAUAACUGGACUUGGUGUGGUGUAAGGCAGGAGGUACUCCAAACUUGCUAUGUAUAUACAAUAUGUUGUAUAAAUUUUGAUUUUCUAUAUGAUGAUUUAGUUAGUUU